UAACAAUAUGUGAUCAUGCCGGCGGCAACAUCUCAGCCGCCGGUGAAGCUCUCGCUGCCUCUGCAAUUUCAGCAGGAAAUCUUCCAGCUUCUACGCGCCGAGGAUGUCCUAGUGAUACUUGCUCGUGGCUUAGGCCUGCUCAAGAUUGUCACGAAUCUGCUUCACUCAUAUGAUGCCGCGGGCAAUUCCCUCGUCAUCAUUGUUGGAGCAGAGGAUCGCGAGAAUGAAUGGAUCGGAGAAGCUCUCGCAGAGCAUUAUGCCGUCUCUCGUUCUCCUCUCGCAAAAGGCCUCCGUGUUAUCAACACCGACAAGGCGACUGUGGCGACUCGCGAGAAGAUUUACUCGGAAGGAGGAAUUGUAUCCGUCACCAGCCGGAUUCUCAUCGUUGACUUACUAUCAAAACUCUUAGAUCCCGAGACUGUGACCGGUCUGAUUGUAUUGCACGCGGAAAAGGCCAUUGCCACCACUACUGAAGCAUUCAUCGCGCGCAUCUUUCGACAACACAACAAGAUUGGGUUUCUCAAAGCUUUCAGCGACUCCCCAGAACCUCUCACAUCUUCUUAUGCGCCCUUGUCGACUAUGAUGAGGAAUCUUUUCUUACGAAAACCGUCCUUAUGGCCACGCUUCCAUGUGUCGAUCGCACAAAGCCUGGAAGGAAAGAAGAAGGCCGAUGUGAUUGAACUGGAAAUACCAAUGACAGAUUCAAUGCGAGCCAUCCAGAAUGCUGUGAUGGAAUGCGUAGAGAUGAGCAUCUCAGAGCUCAAAAAAGCCAAUCCUGGAUUGGAAAUGGAUGACUGGACGCCUGAUUCUGCUCUGCACCAGAAUUUUGAUGCUAUUGUCCGGCGACAACUCGACCCAGUGUGGCAUCGAGUCAGCUGGCGUACAAAACAAAUCGCAAAUGAUCUGACAGUCUUGCGAUCAGUCCUGCAUUCUCUCCUCAGCUACGAUUCCGUCUCUCUUCUCAAGUAUUUGGACACCGUACUCGCGACACAUUCACCUCCCCCAGGCUCUACAAGACAGGAUCAAUCCCCUUGGCUUUUUUCUGAUGCUGCAUCUACUAUUUUCCAAUCAGCCAAAGAUCGAGUCUACAAGGGCAAGGUUGAAGACAACAAUGCACUGCCGACUUCGAAACUGCCAGACUCACUGAGUCCGGUAUUGGAGGAACAGCCUAAAUGGACCGUGUUGGCAGAAAUCUUACGAGAGAUCGAGGUUGAUGCGUAUCUCAAUCCUAGAUUAAGGGAUGACUCUAACGAUACCAUUCUCAUCAUGUGCAAUGAUCAGCGAACCUGUCGCCAAGUCAAAGAAUAUCUUCAAACAAUGCACGUCAAGCCGUUAGCACAAGACAUGGCCGAAGGUCAAGCACCACAUGAGAUAGAAGCUGAGGAAGAACGAGGCUCUGCCGAAUUCAUGAUGAGAAGAAAGCUAAGAGAAUAUCUGGGUUGGAGAAAGACUUUUGCUCAAGUCAGCGCUUCUUUGUUCGAGGAGAACCAAAAAUCCCUGAAUGAUAUCAAAGGAACUACUGCGGCGUCGCGUUUGAACAGCAAAGCGCCCGUGAACAAGCGUAGACGCGUCCGCGGUGGUGGCGGCGGCGGUUUGGGUCUGACACGGAGUGCCAACGGUGCCGUGGCUGUUUCAGAAGAUAAAGCUGCGCAGGUUGCUGGUCUGCUUGCCGAGCUGCGACCGACCGAGUCAGAAGCUGGCCAAAAGGAGGAUAUCAUUGUUGACAAUCUGAAUGACGCAGGGGAAGAUUUCUUCGAGCUGUACGAACCUGACGAUCAGAUUGUGGUGCAUCCGUAUGAUGGUGACCAAGACGACCAACUUCUCGAAGAGCUUCGUCCGAGGUAUAUCAUCAUGUACUCACCAGCACCAGACUUCAUUCGCAGAGUCGAAGUCUACCGAUCGAGUCAUUCAGACAGAAGCGUCCGUGCAUAUUUUAUGUACUACGGUGGCAGUGUGGAAGAACAACGGUAUCUAUCUGCUGUGAGACGCGAGAAAGAUGCCUUUACCAAAUUGAUCAGGGAACGUGGUACCAUGGCGGUCACAAUGACGGAUGCGAAUGUCGAUCCGCAGGAAGCUUUCCUCCGCACUGUUAAUACUCGCAUCGCUGGAGGUGGACGACUUGCAGCAACUGCCGCUCCUCCGACGGUAGUGGUUGAUGUUCGGGAAUUUCGAUCAGCCCUGCCUAGUUUAUUGCAUGGUCGAAGCAUGGCCGUCGUUCCUUGCCAACUCACAGUCGGCGACUAUGUAUUGUCACCAAACAUCUGUGUCGAGAGAAAAUCAAUACCUGAUCUCAUCGGCUCUUUCAAGAACGGACGGCUUUUCAACCAAGCCGAAACCAUGCUGCAACAUUACAAGUAUCCGUUCUUGUUGAUCGAGUUUGACGCGAACAAGUCAUUUACGCUUGAUCCCUUUGCAGAUUUGACCUCCGUUGCAACCCUCAAGACGCCAGAUUCCGAGACCAAAGACCUACAAUCGAAGUUGGUUCUACUCACACUUGCAUUUCCGAGGCUGAAGGUAAUUUGGUCAUCUUCGCCAUACCAGACGGCGGAAAUCUUUGAAGAACUCAAGAAGCAGCAAGAGGAACCCGAUCCCUUGAAGGCGGUGCAAAUCGGUUUGGCGGAAGGUGAGGAUCCAGAUGAGAAGACUUUCAACACUGGACCUCAAGAGCUCCUUAGGACAAUCCCUGGUAUAUCGGCCAAGAAUGCCAGCAGACUAUACCUCGAGACGAAGAACGUUCUUGAAGUGGCGAACAUGAGUCUGGAGGAACUGGAUCCUUUGGUCGGCAGAGAGUCUGGGAGACAAAUCGUCAGAUUCUUUACGAGAAGUGUUUUCGACGACGAAGAUCAAUAACAGCAUAGAAUCAGACAGGGGACUUAGAUUGCCCCAUCAGACUAAAGAUAACACACCAAGUUCAAUUGUACGACUCGUUCAAGACCUAAAGAUACGUUCACGGGCAUAUGCUGGAUGCUCAUCAGAGAUCGUUGUCCUCCUUUACAGAGAGUGCCAUAACAAAAAUCAACUAUACAAAAAGCAUCAAGC